GUAGAACGACUCGUUUAGGUUUAUGAAGCCUCUCCCGAAGAAGCCUUAAAGCAGCUGGUAGAAGAAACCCUAAAAUGGAUUUGGAGGAAUUUUCAGAAGCUUUAGAUUUUUUGGAUUCUGCUAAAGAUGAUGGAGCUGCAAUUCAUCUAUACUCUAGAAGACCUAAUUCUCAUGGAGGUCAUCUUCUACCAAGAACUUUUCAGCCCCUCUCUAAUCGAAACCAGAAGUUUAACAGACAUCUUCGGCCUUCACCGUUAGAGGUACUCAAGAAGUGGGAAGACAAGGAAGAUAUGAGCAUUCCCAAUUCUACUACAACUGCUAAUCGUCAAAGUCUCACCUGUAAAACUAAAACCACCGACAAGAGAGACCGUGCUACUGUUGAACAGGAUAUUGAUCCAAGAACUGGUAUGGUGUUGUUCAAAAUGCUGAAUCGUGGUAUAUUUGAUGACAUAAAUGGUUGCAUUUCUACUGGGAAAGAAGCCAAUGUUUAUCAUGCCACAAAAGAUGAUGGUCAAGAAUUUGCAGUAAAGGUCUAUAAAACUCCAGUUCCAGGAUUCAAGGAUGGGAAUCGUCGUAUACAACGGGAUUAUUGUUUUCGGCGUGGAUACUUGAAGCACAAUCCCAGGCAAAUGCCUAAGACUUGGGCAGAAAAUGAAAUGAUGAACCUUAUGAUGCUAAAGGCAGCAGGGACCAGGUGCCCAACUCCAAUAUUUUUGAGGCAAAAUGUUUUGGUCAUGGAAUUUGUAGGAAAAUCAGGGAGGGCUGCUCCUUGUCUCAAGGAUGCAAAUCUAUCUGAAGCCAAGAUGCGUGAAUGCUAUGUACAGAUGGUUAUGGUGAUGCGAAUUUUAUACCAAAAGUGCAACCUGGUGCAUGGAGACUUGAGCGAAUAUAAUAUACUUUAUUACGAGGGUAGCUUGCACAUUAUUGAUGUUUCCCAAUCUGUGGACCUCGACCAUCCUCUUGCCUUAUAUUUCUUACGUCUGGAUUGCAUUCAUGUUUCUGAUUUUUUCGAAAAUAAUGGUGUGGGAGUUAGGCCCAUACAUGAACUGCUCGAUUUCAUAGUAGAUUCAACUAUUACCGAUGAAUCCGUGGAAUGUUAUUUAGAAAAGGUGCAGCAGGAAAUUUUGGCUAGGGCAGAUGUGAGGUCGGCGCUGUUUCCUGAUGAGUCGUACAUUCCAUGGUUCGCAAGGGGCCAGGACAUCAUAGGUUUGCUUUAUCAUUGCCCAGCUCAAAAGCAGUUACCAAAGCAGCCAAAAGAAUCGGAUACAAAUGAUACCUCUGCUGACACUGGAACCAAGUCUAGAACACAAGAUUCAAAAGCAGUAGAGCCAUGCGAUUCUGUGAAGGAGGGUACACAGGAGGCAGUGCUCCCUGUAGAUAAAAAAGCAGCUCGAAAAGUGAACAAGAAGAAAGUGAAAGAAGAGAAGAGAGAGGCUCGCAAGAGUAAAACCCCAAAAGCUCUGAAGAAAAAGAAGACGAAACUGUCCAAAAACAUGAAAGCUAGGCAAUGUUAUUUGUAGGUUAUAUAGGAUUAGCGGAGAUGGAGCCGUGUAAGCUUCUGGGUAGAAAUUGAGGUCUUUGUUAACAAUAUUUAUGCUGUAAUUGUAGCUAUAAAACAAUGGAAGAAAGAACCGGAGAAGAAGAUCAAACAUGGUUGAUGCAUUUCCCAGACUGCAAAAAAUGGUAACCGACUAGAGUACAUAGUGUUCACUGAGAAUGAACUCCUGCUUAGAAACAAGGCGAGAACUUUCUCCUAGAGAUAGAUGUUCUGUAGACGACGAAGCUCUGAGUCUCAGAUUAAGGUGAGAUUUGUUGCAUCAGCUACAAAACAACUAGCUCGAGGUCAACACUUCCAUAGGAUCCAACUGUUAAGAAUUGCUUCUCAUGCAUAACCAGUUGGUUUUGCUGGCAUGAUGGUAGCCAACUGAUAAGCCUCGGCUACACAAUGGUCCAAUAUGGGUGUAAUACUGUAACAAUAUCUUGAAUUGUAUGGUGUUAUCUGUGCUGCUUCUUUUUC